AUGCGCCCUCGCAGUAAGACGCGGACUGUCUCGCCCGCCUCGUCCUCAUCGCGCCCUGACUCGCACCGCCUCACGAUACCCACACCGGUACCCAACCUGACGAAAAAGAGCAGAGGACGCCGCGUGCCUACCUCUCCUGUGGUCGUCUCGAAGAAUGGAGUACAACAGCGAGUGCGAGACUAUAAAUGCGACGUGUGCGGCAAGUUCUUCAGAAGAGGCGAGCAUCUCAAGAGGCACAUCAGAAGCAUUCACACUCACGAGAAACCAUAUAAAUGCCCCUAUUCGGACUGUGAGAAGACUUUCAGCAGACAGGACAACCUAAAUCAGCACAUGCGCGUGCAUAAGAGAUGA